AUGAUUGUCGGUCGCCCGUCUAUUCUCGCCACGCUCGUUCGAUCCAAGCCAACUGCUUCUAGACUGCCCGCGCCCCUCGUUCCCUCGGUGCUACCCCGCCUUCCUAGUCUCGGCGCAAGAACAAUGUCCGCAACAGCUUCGCGGCCCGACCCUUUUCGGCCGGCAAAGAGAGUCGCCGGUCAGCGACAGGAUGUCUGGUCGAUUGUCAACGAAGCCGCUGCGGCUUCGCCCGUGCAGCCGAUUGUGAACAUGGGCCAAGGCUUCUUUGGCUACAAUCCCCCCAAGUUCGCAAUUGAUGCUGCAAAGGAGGCCCUGGAUCGCGUGGAGUGCAACCAAUAUUCCCCGACCAAGGGUCGCCCUCGUCUGAAGAAGGCCAUUGCAGAGGCAUACUCAAAGUCCUUUGGCCGAACCUUGGACCCCGAGACUGAGGUCACAAUCACCACCGGCGCAAAUGAGGGCAUGCUGAGCGCUUUCAUGGGUUUCAUCGAGCCUGGUGACGAGGUCAUUAUUUUCGAGCCCUUCUUCGACCAGUAUAUCAGCAAUAUUGAAAUGCCCGGUGGCACCAUCCGAUAUGUGCCUCUGCACCCGCCCAAGGAUGGCGCAACCAGAACCUCUCCUGCAUCGGAGUGGACUGUUGAUUUCCAGGAGCUUGAGAACACCAUCAACUCCAAGACCAAGAUGAUUGUUUUGAACUCUCCCCACAACCCUCUUGGCAAGGUCUUCUCGAAGGAGGAGCUCCAGCGUAUUGGUGACCUCUGUGUCAAGCACAACCUGAUUAUCCUCUCUGAUGAAGUUUACGACCGUCUCUUCUAUGUUCCGUUCACCCGGAUUGCCACCUUGUCCCCCGAGUUGUACGAACGUACUAUCACUGUGGGCUCGGCCGGUAAGGCCUUCUACGCCACUGGCUGGCGUGUAGGAUACCUGAUUGGACCGGAGCAUCUGAUCAAGUACGUUGCCGGUGCACACACCCGCAUUUGCUACAGCAGUGUGUCUCCCCUUCAGGAAGCUGCCGCCGUGGCCUUUGAGCAGGCUGAUAAGGUCGGCUUCUGGGAUGAGAGCCGAAAUGAGAUGCAGCAGAAGAUGAAGCUGUUCUGCGAGGUCUUUGAUGAGCUCGGUAUCCCGUACUCCGAGCCCGAAGGUGGAUACUUCGUGCUAGCCAACAUGGCAUCUGUCAAGCUGCCGGCCGACUAUCCCUUCCCGCCCCAUGUGGCGAGCCGCCCUCGUGAUUUCAAGCUCUGUUGGUUCCUGAUCCACGAGGUUGGCGUCGCUGCCAUCCCGCCCACGGAGUUCUAUACCGACGCCAAUGCCCACAUUGCCGAAGACUAUCUCCGCUUUGCUGUCUGCAAGAAUGACGAUGUUCUGGAGACUGCGAAGGAGAGACUGCGGGGCUUGAAGAAGUACAUUACCCAGUAA